AUGGCAAGAGCUGCUCCUACUAAAGAAGUAGAUUUGGAUCGAGAUGAUAUUUCUGUCAUAUCCUCAAUGUCAACAAGAACCACCGCAUCCGUCUCUCUGCCACCACCACCGUAUUCAUUCUUACCACCUGUCAAUAUAUCGUCUCCUAUAGCCGAACAAAUUGGUACUUACUUAGAAUUAGAAUGCAAUGAUAAAAGAGAAGAAAUUCUUACGGAUUUAUUAACAAAUGGACGUCAGACACUUUACAAGUAUCGAGAAGAUCUAAUUCCUGAAGUUCUAUCACAGGAAGAAAAUUAUCCACCGGAAGAUGAAAGUCCAUUAUUAAAAUUAAUUAAACAACAUGUCAGUGAAACAUGGGAAACAUUGUUAGUUAAUCAACCAAUAAUUAAAUCAUUCAUUGACGAUGCAAAAACACAAAAUUCCACUCAUUUUGAUAAUGUGCUAACACGAACAGCCGAGUAUGGUGCAACAUAUACAAAAUCAUCAUCCGUCUUAUCUGUUGUAUUACAACUCUUAUCUGAAAGUAUUGAUGAUGAAUGUUUGACGAAAACAGAUAAAUUCACUGAACUAUGGAAUUCAAUUACAUUUAACGGUAUUCAAGGUGUUAGAAAAGCAUCACAGGAUAUUCCGGAAGAAGAAUUAGAAGAACAAACUAGUAAUAAAAAAUCACCACUCUAUUUAUCAUUGAGAAUGUAUUAUGAAGAUGAAAUAAAAAAAUUAUUUGGUAAAUAUAAAAUUCCUAACAGACAGAAUACAUUAUAUGAUCUAGCAACGAACAAUGUAACGGAAAGUGGUUGGGCAAUGGUUCCAGUAGGUCCUAGUGGUAAGCCUGAUGACGAGCGUGCAUCCGCACAACAACUACUUCCAAUUCCAGGAGAAUUAUUCGAUUCAACCCUUCCACUAGCAUCCAACAGUUCCACCUCGACUAUUGUUCAGCCUCCAUCGCUUCCUGCGCAGGAAACACCAGUCAAAGCUACCACGACGUCUAUUCUUGCACCGGAAAAAAACAUGUAUGAACCGUUGCCACCACCACCACCGCAACAGGAAGAAGAAAAACCCAAAAUGCCUAUUAUCAAGAACAAUACUGAUUUUGAGGAUGAAAUUAAUAUUGUCAAGAAAUGUAUUGAACCGAAUUCUUUAUCAUUGGAAAAUUUAGUAGAAGCUGGUGAACUAAUCUACAUUGACAAGACAUUCCAAGAUAUUUCUAACGAUAUUGUUCAUCGUCUCAGUAAACACCAACCAGUAAAUUUACCAAAAUUUAUUGAAGAAUGUCGAAUACCAAUUAUGUUUCUCUUAAAACGACAACAAAAUUUAGAUGAUUUUAUGAGGUCAUUAACAUUUACUUUUGAGGAUGCUAAAAGUGAUGGAUCUGUUUCAACGACGUUCAAAUUAAAUUUACGUACAUUUUUACAUGUUUUGCUCUUGAACAGUGACAUAUUUCUAAGUCGUAUUAUAAUAUCAUUAGUUAGUAAACGUAAUCCAGCGCCAUUUAUUGAACCGGAUAUUAAAUCCUGGAAUUUAAAGAAUAAAAAUGAAAGACGGAUUUCUGCUGAAGCUAAUUAUGAAUUUAUGCAAUCUAUAAUUCACGUUUGGGAUCAUUCACGUCCAACAAUUUUAUCUUUUGGUAUUGGAAAUGAUUGUAAAGGUAAAUCAUCGUUAUUAAACGUUUUAUUCCAGUCCACAUUUGAACAGACUGUUCCCAGCCUAUACUUUCAACAGACAAUUGAUAUCGAUUUUGGUUAUGCAUUUAAUCCAGAACGACAAUUGAAUAUUGCCGAUUGUCAUGGUGAAAUGAGUCUUCAAUUAUUAUCCAAAAUCCGUCCAUUAUUCGAUGGAUAUUUGAUUCAUAUCAGUAUCCAAUAUUUAAAAGAACAUUCAGGAACAUUCGUUGAAUAUUUGGGAAUAUUACCAAGAAAUAAAUUUUAUUUUAUUCUUAUUCGCGAUAUUAGUUCACCGACCAGUUCAGCAGAUGCACAACAACAAUGUCAAACUGUAAUGGACAAAGCUGAUGCUAUCAGCAGUAGUCGAUCAACAGUAUUUCCAUUAGUUAACAUGUCAAAUACAACUGACAGACAAAUACAGCAUAUAAUUCAACGUCUAAGAAAUCAAAUACUUAAAUCUGUUGAUAAUCAAAAAGAUUCAAUUGUUGACAGAGAAUUCUUUGAAAAUUGUAUUGAAAAACUGUUAAAAAAAGAUUACGUUUCUUAUUUAAAUGAAAUGAAUGAUAUUAUUCAACCGAUGAAAAAACGUUUAUCAGCCAAAGAUUCCGCAGAUCCUAUACAAAAUAAUUUUCCAUUAUAUUUGAACUUCACUAAACUAUGUAAAUUACGACAAGAGUUAAAGAAAAUUGAUUUCUACGGUUCUAACAGUGAAGCGAAAUUUAAAAUAAAUCAAGAACUAUUUAACCUGGACAGUGAAUCCAGUGUGGAAUCAUCGUCGUCAAAUCAUGCAACUGGAAUUGUAUUUAAAAAUUUUAUUGAUAUAUUGAAAAGUAAACAUAUGUCGAUGAGCCUAAAUCUGUUAUCAUCUGAAUUACGACAAGCGUUAUUAAGCCAGGGUGGCGAUAAAUUAGGCAACAAUCUAACUGUUGCAAAUUCAUUUCUUUCGUUAGAAGUAAUUUGGCGUAAUGCAAUUGUCUGUUAUGAUCAUACUUCUGAGGCGAAUCAAACGUCAAUAUUACAAUGUUAUAUUAAAUAUAUUGAAGCCGGUUUUCCAUUUGAAUUAAUUGAUGGUGAUCAUUUCUAUUUUCAACAUCAGUUUCUUAGCAAUGUUAUGAAACAUUUUGAAAAAGAACGAAUUUUAGUUAUUAGUAUUAUUGGACCACAAAAUUCUGCAGUUUCACAUCUCGUUAUUGUGAAUAUGUUAGGCGAUAUCAAUGAAACACUAAAGGACAUGUUAACACUUUGUACGGAUUCAUUAAAACAGUUGGAUGUUAGUACAGUACCAAAACCAACUGUACAUUUCGUCCUGAAUCAAAAAGCAGAUCCUAACAUCAAAAAUCAUUUAGAAGCUAUUAACAAAAUUAUUUCUGAUUUAAAAGAUCAAGAUUUAGCAGAAACAAUUGACAUCGGAACGGAAACAUUCCACACACUGCCAUCAGCAUUCAAACGAGAACGCUUAUCAAAUGAUACAACCGGUCCGUGUCUUCUCCGAACCGAACCCGAUUUUAUUGAACUUGCACAAAAAUUAGUCUCAAAAAUUACACAAUCGGCAAAACAAUGUUAUGAUCGAGGAGAAAAUACAAAUUUUACACCACGACAAUGGCUAAAUACAUCGAUGACAAUAUUUGAUACGUUACAAAAAUUUCCGGAUUUGACCUAUUUUAAAGACAUCAAUGAGAAGCGACAAGAUGACAAGAUACGAAAAGAAAUAGGUGAACUUUUAUCAAAAACUCUUCCCUCAAACUAUCGGCAACAAUUGAUUGACGAUCAUAGUGAUAAACACGAAGAUGAAAUAAAAAGGUCAUUUCAGUCAAAAUUUCAGGAUCAUCAAGAUAAACUUAAAGAAGACCUAGAAAAUAUUUUCAUGUUAGAAAAUGCUUCUGAACGUAUUCGUGAACGUUGCCGACAAUUUUUAGAACGACAAGUAACUGAAAUGAUGAAUGCAUGGUGUACAGCAGCAGUUCAGGGAUCUGAUCAAAAGCAAAUGGAAUUACUUGUCCGUGAUGGUGCUGCAGAUUUAAAAAAUUUAAUUAAUUUAAUAAUAAAAAAGGGAGAAGCAUUAACAAAAUCUGAAGCAACUGUUCAGUUUGAAAAAUUGUGGGAAGAGAAAGAAACACUCAUUAAAAGUAAAUUUAAUCCAGAAGAUCGAUUAAAACAAGCAAUCAAAUUCGUCUAUGGAAACUAUAAUAUUUUUGAAAGAAAUUCAUUAACAUCGUCGGACAAUUUUCUGACGAAAUUACCUAUCAUCAAAACUUUUACAAACUCAAAAGACUUGGAUGAACUGAUAAAUAAAUUGAGAAAUAAUUUUAGUCUUGAUGUUAAGCAUCUUCAAGAACGUGUUACGCAGAAGCCGAACAAUUCCAGUUUUACAUUCGCAACAAUUGAUAACUUUGUUUAUUUAAAUAAACAAAUACUAGCUGAUAAGCAGUAUGCUAUAGGCGGACAGAGUAACGAACAAAUUACCACUGCACCUGAGCAGAAACAAAAUUGGUUCCAACGUCAAGUUGUCAAAGUGACCGGAUCUAAGGUGUCUAAGGUGACCGGAUCUAACUUUGUUGAAACAAAAGCAUUGGAUAUUGAUUUUAAACAACAGAUGAGGUAUACAAUAAUGUCCGAACUACAACGAGCUCCAUUUGAUGUAUCAAACAUCUUGCAAUUAACCGUGGUUUUUGAUAAAAUUUAUACACAGUUACAGAAAUUGAUUAAAGAUGAUAACGGUACUCGUCCCGUUGAAAUUGAUAUAACACAAAAGAUUGUUGGCGUUAUUAAUACAGUCAUCGGAGAAAUUAAUCUUGAAUUAGCGGUCUUCGAUCUAUGUCUGUCGAGAAAUAUAUCAUCCACACUACAUUCCAAUGUUGUUCUUUUACUGACACUCUUACAUUAUUUCGAACAACAACGUCAUUUUGAUAGACAACUCGAAACAUUAAGAAAAGAAAAACCGGGUUUGUUAAAUUUUUUUAUCAGUUAUGUGGUACCUGAUGCUGCUACUGAUAAAGAUGGUGGAGAAAUUUUUGUCAAUCAGGUUCUGAAUGCUAUUGAAAAUAAUCUAACUGUUAAAGCAUAUACCAUCAUUGCAAGUAACGUUGAAGCACAACAAGAUUUAAGUAGAAAACUAUUACAAAAGUUGUGUGAUGGAAAAUUACAAACAGCUGAUCAAGCAUGGAUUUUAAAGUAUAUUGAAAAUCCCACUGAUAUUAUUGUUGAAGAAUUUCAAAUAAAAUGGAAUGAUAUUAAAAAAGUGAUUGAAUCAGAAAUACAAAGUGAAAAAAAUCAAUUGAAAAGGUUGUUGAUCGAUUUCUUUGAUAUUAUCAAAUUAAUGUUAACUGCACUAAGUGGUGAAGGAAGUUCAGUGCAAUUUAUUGAUGAUCUUUUCGCAUCAUCUGCUGGUGUUGCUGAUGAAAAUUUAAAAAAUAAAGGUCAAUGUAUGAUGUUAUUACUGUAUGCAUAUUUAACACUGGAAACAAUAGAACUGAAAAUGUCAUACACGGUGUUUGAUAAUACUUAUACAAUAACACCUAAAGGUGUUAAGUUUUUUCAAAAUUUAACAAAACCUAAUCCAGAAGUAGCAAAUUUAUUUAGCGUAAUGAAAACUAAAUCGACAGUUACAUCGAUUAAAAGUUUUCAAGUAUUUUUGAAAAGUAUAUUAGCUGUUGAACAAGCGAUAGAAAAACAAUACAAGUCUCUAUCACAUUCAUUUACAGUGUAUGAUAAAGACGGAUCAUACAUUAAAUUGUUGGAUAAAGCACGUGGCUGUACGGCAAGUUGUCCCUGCUGUUUACGUCCAUGCGAUGCGGAGCACAAGGUUUUAUCAAAUCCAGGUGAUGAAGAUAACAAACACAGUUGUAGUACAGGUCAUCAACUACGUGCAUUUGCCGGUAUCAAAAUUGAAGUCUUAAAUGAAGCUAGUCUAUUUCAGUGUAAUGAAAUUAAGGAUGAGGAUUACAUUGUUGUCAAAGGAACCAGAAAGAGAUGGAGUGAAAUGAAAUUAGAUUAUCCAGCAUGGGACUUUGAUCUUUUAACAACGGCUGAUGAGUUAAGUGCACUUAAAAGUAAAUUCUUGUAUGUAUGGUCAAAAAUUGGUGAAAAACAUUACUGUAAAAAAUUCAGUAUGAAAUAUGUUGAAAUGAAUACACCAAGAACUCCACCAGUACCUUAUCAUUAUGUUCUACUGUUAGAUAGUUCCGGUUCAAUGGAAGGUGAUAGAUGGAAUCAUUUAUUGGAUGGCGUUAAGACGUUGAUAAAUGCUCGCAAGGUCAAUGGUACAGAUGAUCGUAUUACAAUUAUAGUGUUUAGCGGUACAGCUAAGUUCUUUUGUGUUAAUAAAACACUGAGAGAUGUUGAUACAACAAAAAUUCAAUUUACUGGUGGUGAAACAGACUUUGGUCCUCCGUUUGAUUUAGUGCUAAAAUUAGUAGAAGAUAGUUCAACAACGGAAUCAAAUUUAAAAUAUAUUAUCGUAUUUAUGAGUGAUGGUGAAGCAGGAAAUCCGAAAACACAAUUGGAAAGAUUAGCACCAAAGAAAGAUGCACAAAUAAUAAAAGAAUUUUGGACAGUAGCAUUAGGUGAAAAAGAGCUCGCUGUGUUGGAAAGAAUUAGUAAACAAAUGACUGGGGUUUAUAAACAAUUAAAGGAUUCCGGUGAAUUAAUUGAUGCUUUUGCGGAAAUUGCACAGUGA